AUGGGUCAAGAAUUUUCUCAUGAAGGGGUUAAUAGCGAGCAUACAUCAUAUGAUCAAUAUGAGCAGGAGGAAGAAAAAUAUGAGGAAGUUGACGUGGAUUAUAUGGAUGAGGACGACACAAAUGUGGAACCAAUGUUCGAUUAUCACAGCUUCGAUGAAGGAUAUGCAAGGACAAGAGGCUUUAGUGCUCGGAAGAACAGGACUAGGAAGAGUCGUGCGGGCGCACUUAAGUUGAAGAAUUUUGUAUGUCAUCGUGAAGGAUUUAGACCACAAAAUAAUUACGGCAUUGGAAACCUUAAGAGAAAACCUACACCCGAGACAAGGUGUGGCUACAGUGCAAUGAUGGAGAUUCGUGUAGAUGACCUAGUAGUCAUUGCUUUGAAGUAUCUAGAAUAUCAAGCAACAAAUGACCCUUCUCUCUAUUUUAAUCAUCACAUGAAUGCCGAUGGUACUUUGCGCAAUUUAUUCUGGUGCGAUGGUCUCAGUAGGGCAGACUACUCAUUAUUUGACAAUGUGCUGGCUUUUGAUGCUACCUAUAAGAGGAAUAAAUAUAUAUGUCCACUGGUAGUAUUUUCUGGUGUCAAUCAUCACAAUCAAACAAUUAUCUUUGCUGCUGCUUUAAUUUGUGAUGAGGAAAAAGACACAUAUAGGUGGUUGCUACAACAACAGAAGGUGGCAAUGAAUGGGAAAGCACCUGUUUCGGUGAUUACGGAUGGUGAUCUAUCAAUGAAGAUCGCCAUUGAAAAAAAGUUUCCUAAUGCACAUCAUAGAUUAUGUGCAUGGCAUCUGAUUCGCAAUGCAACAAGUAACAUUGGCAAGCCCCAGUUUACCUCCAUGUUUAAAAAGUGUAUGCUAGGCGACUAUGAAAUUGAUGUAUUUCGUCAAAAGUGGUUUGAAAUGAUUGAGGGAUUUGGUGUCGAAAACAAGAAUUGGGUCCUAGAUAUGUAUAAAAAAAGACAUUCAUGGGCAACUGCACAUAUAAGAGGGAAGUUUUUUGCUGGUUUUCGGACUACUUCUCAGUGCGAGGGAUUAAACUCGAUCAUUGCAAAGUAUGUCAACUCAAGAUAUAAAGGAGUUACCAAGGUCAUUAGUCUUGCCUCGGUGGACCAAGACUGCCAAAGUAGGUUUACAAAAUGUGGCCGGGCUUCAUUGGAAUUCUUUGAUGCUAAGUCAAUACGGUUGUUUGAUGGAUUGGUUUAG